AGAAUUUUUCACUCAUAUGGAGACGUCACCAAGACCGGUGAAGGGUUUCAAAUUUAGGCCAAUGCUCGGCGCUUACGGCCAUUGAGCAGGGAGGGGUCUUUAUCGUGCCACACCUGCUGUGACACGGGACCUCGGUUUUUGCGGUCUCAUCCGAAGGACGGACAUAAAUCAAACUACUAUUCCAUUUUACGUUUUAUUUUCGUCAGAAGGCAGGCACGCAAUGAAGGACUAUGAAGAAUACUUCUUGCAGAAUCUCAUGAGUUAAGAGAGUCACAGAAAAGGACACAGCUAUAAAAUUCCCAUGAUAUAAUUUGAAAAACACUUAAGUUUUCAGCGUACAUCGUAAAACAGCCUUUGUUUGCUCCAAUGAUGCCAGACCAUUAUCUCCGUUGCCAGUGAUCAUUCACUUCUCUUCAAUUAAUAUUUAGAUGAUUAUAGUUUCAAAUCGAUCGUCUGCCGUGUUUCUUCCCGGGUAGCUACAGAUACUAGCAGACGACAAAUUAAUGGAGAAUAACUGGAUUCCACAUUCGAAGUACCCAUUGUUUUAUUUUCUCUGCCUUUUCCUCCUUCAUCAAAAUGAUUUGGUUAACUCACGUGACAUAGUUGCAGUUUUAGCAAAGGAAAAGCACAAAACCUUAAAAUUGUUAGAAGAUACGUUAAACGAAAAUGCCCAACUGCAGGGAUGGACUGGAGGUGUCAAGGUCAUCAAACUGAACGAAGUCAACCCCAUCACAGCACUGGAGAAAGUAUGCUCGGUGAUGACUAACGGUGCUGUUUUGUUGAUCGACAUGGCUGAUCCUUUAACAGGCCAACUAUUAAGGUCAUUUACGCGGUCCACCGGACUACCAUACAUUACACUUUUGGAUAGAGCUACGCUGAUAGAAAAGGACUUCGAUCCCGAUCUACAUCUGGAGAUUGAACCUCCAGGAUCAGUAAUGAUGGGUGUGCUUCGUGACGUCAUCAUUCAUGAAAGCUUGACCAAAAUUGCCGUCUUGUAUGACAACUCAUUUGACCUGGAUAAAAUUCCUAAACGUUACCUGACAGGACUUCCGGCUCAGCAUCUGUUUCAAGAAAUCGUUUCCGGUACCCAAAAUGCAACACUGAAGCAACUAUAUCGAUUGGAGGAAAAUCAAAUUCGAAAUUUUUUCAUCGUAGCCAACAAGGAGAAUGUCAAGAAAAUUUUAGAAACGGCGAGCAGUACCAAACUAAUGGAAGAAAAAUAUCAUUGGUUUGUAUUAACCAAGGAUAUGAGCAUCUCCUGUCAGGGGUGUAAGGACAACGGCAGAGGGACUGUUAUCCUGAUCACGGGCCGCCCGAACAACGACGUCAUGGAAAACGAAUACAUCCCUUUCAUCCGAGGACUUUCCAAGUAUAUUUCUACUUUCACAGCGGAAGGAUCAAAUAUAGACGAAGCGUUCAUGUUUGAUUUGAUGAAUUUAAUAAAGACUCAACUUUUGGAACAAAAUGUCGAAAAAUCAGUGCGCCUCAACGAAAGCGAAUGUUACAGCGUCAUCGGACCAGAACCGGAUGUUUAUAACCAGAGCAAGGCGUUUGUUGAAAGCUUCGUAAAUACCUCUAGGGACGGAGUGUUUGGGCCGUUGUAUUUCACAAAUAACGUUCUUAAACAGAGACUGACUUUGUCCAUCAAGCGGUUAACCUUCACAUCAACUGAAUCGGUGCAUCUUACAAUCGGUAACUGGACAGAAGAGAAGGGACUGGGCCUCUAUGAGCCCAGUUUACUCAAACCACCCGGGAAAAAGAAGUACAAAAUUGUAGUGGUGCCCAGCUAUCCGCCCUUUGUCAUACCAAAAGGAAAUAAGUCAUUUGAUGGCUAUUGUAUGGAUCUUCUUCACGAGAUUCAAAGCAUACUAAAGUUUGACUAUGAGUUGUACCCCAGCCCUGACGGCUUAGUGGGCUCCAUGGAUGAUAAAGGGCACUGGAAUGGAAUAGUGAAGGAAUUGAUGGAGAAGCGAGCUGAUAUCGCAAUCGGACCCAUUUCUGUGAUGGCGGAGAGAGAGAAUGUGAUAGACUUCACUGUCCCAUACUACGAUUUAGUUGGGUUAACCAUCCUUCUCAAGAGACCAGAGUUUGAGUAUGAGCUGUUUAAAUUCCUCGUGGUUCUGGAUGAGGAUGUCUGGCUUUGCAUCAUUGCCUCAUAUUUCUUAUUCAGCGGGCUACUAUACGUCUUUGAUAAACUGAGUCCUUACAGCUACCAAAAUAACAAACAUAAGUUUGAGAACGUGACCCCAGAACCGCGGGUGUUCACCAUUAAGGAAGGAAUUUGGUUCUGCAUGAUGUCACUUACACCGCAAGGUGGGGGAGAGGCACCACGUGCUCUGUCGGGCCGUCUUAUUGCUGCCACGUGGUGGUUGUUUGGGUUUAUUGUCAUAGCAACAUAUACAGCCAAUCUAGCUGCGUUCUUGACCGUGUCUCGUUUGGAUGAACCAAUCAAAUCGUUAGAUGACUUGUCCAGUCAGCAGAAAGUCAAAUACGCACCACACAACGGAAGCGCGGCUAUGGUGUACUUCCAGAGAAUGGCAGAAAUUGAGCAAAAGUUUUACAGUAUCUGGAAGAAUAUGAGUUUGGACGAUACCCUGGAUCCGGUAGAAAGAGCCAAGCUGGCGGUGUGGGACUACCCGGUCAGUAACAAAUAUACCAAACUGUGGGAGACCAUGAAACGGUCAGGAUUCCCCAACUCUCUGGGAGAGGCACUGACCAGUGUUAAGAAUGGGACAUUUGCUUAUAUAGGUGAUGCCGCCGAGAACCAGUACCAGACGAUAAAGUCCAUGGAGAACUGCGACCUUUGGCAGGUUGGUGAGGAGUUCAGCAGGAAACCGUUUGCCCUGGCUGUCCAGAAUGGAUCGCCAUUAAGAAAUGAUCUCUCCACCGCCAUACUUCAGCUCCUCAAUCAGAGAACGCUUGAAAAGUUAAAGAAAAAAUGGUGGGAUAAAAACAAGGUGAAAUGUCCUAAACUAGAGAACGAGAGCGAGGGAAUAAGUCUCAACAACAUUGGCGGGGUGUUUAUCCUGAUUGCAGGAGGCGCUGCGUUAGCCCUUGUGUGUCUGGGAUUCGAACUCUACUUCUUCAAAUACAAACCGAAACAAGCCUCCAAGAACUACGGUGUGGCAAAGUCCCACUCCAAGGCAAACUUAGAUAAUGACGCGCGAGCCACCAAACAAAAUGGAGUUGAUAAAACAUGGUCGGAUGACCGCCUGGAGUCUUCAUCUAUUGAAAGAAGAAAUGGAAGUGUAACAAAUUCUGAAUUAUUGUUAAAAAGACAGACGCCUGGCGUGUCUUUCUCGCUGGGAGAUAGUCUGUAGAUGGAGUCGUCUGCUGUGAUGUACAAUUACUUGCCGUCUGGUAAAAGGCAUGCAAUGCUCUUGGGGUUAUAAAAUGAAGUAGAGAAUUGUACAUAUGUAUACCAUGGGCAUGCGUUUGAAAUCAAACUAUAUUUCUGCCACUGAUUGCUUUAAACCACUUUUAGAAGUAGGUUACUAGUAUAGAAGUCUAAUCAAAUAUCUGUGUUCUUGCUGACUUCCAUCCGUUCCCUCAUUCGUCCAUCCAUAAAUGUUAUAUCCGGCUCAUAAAUCAUGCGUGUUUCAAUACCUAGCCUUCAAGCUGAACAAAGGUAUCACCUUGUAAGUGUAAUAACAUGGAUGAAAAGUCAUAUCUCAAAGGUCAUGGUUGUUACGACAUUGUCCUAUUUUUGUAUGUGAAUGAGUCCAGGUGAGAAGUUUAAUACAGUUGUGUUGAAUCAAGGUUGUACAUGUAACUCGGUGACCGUCAUUGUGGUUUAUCUAUGACAUAAAUCAGAAACAAGGGUUGCAUGGUUGCUACAUGUAUAUCGGCGUUAGGUCACGGCAUCAAAGAAAACCAGAGGUCUAGGUCAUUAAGGCUGUCGUGGGACUUCUGUGAGAUGACACUAUGUAAAAAUGUCACACAGGAGAUCGAUCAGGAUGCAUUUAUGAUCGUUAUAUAGAUGUAAUUUACAAAUACAACCUCCCUUGAGGUCAAAUGCUAUCUAACGUAUUCAGCUGUUCUUUAUAUAAUGGUUUUGACUACGGGUUACUCCGUUUGCCUGAUUUAGAUGGCAGGUGUGACUGGUCAACAGGGAUGUUUACUUCUAGGCACCUGAUCCCAGCUCUGGUAUAUCCAGGGGUCCGUGUUUGUCCUACUCUUUAAUUUUGUAUUCUUUAUAGGAAUUGUGAGAUUAAUCAGUGUUCGUUAUCUUAACUUUUACGUCAUUGUAGAUGUCAUUUUACGAUGUGUUGUAUUGUGCUUACAUGAGUGUUGUUGAAAGCGAAGUUCUGCUCAGUCCGCCACUGCAAGCUAUUGUAAAAACAUACCAUUACAAUGAAGAUAAAAUAAAUUCUUUCUACAUUUUA